AUGGCUAGGAAAUCUUUCAGAAAUUUAUCAAUCAAUGACUCGUGCUACUAUCAAGAUUCUUUCUUACUCCCCCCCCCUCCGUGAGUGAACAAAACCAUUAGAAAAAAAUCCCUAUUUUUGCCAAAAAAACCACCCUCCGUGAGUGAACAAAAAUUUUUUUAAUAGAAAAAUUUUUUAUGGAAAAAGAUUUUGAUAUAUAAAUGAUAAUUAGUAUAAUGAAAUCUAGAACGAAUUGCUUUUUUUAAAACAUAAAUUUUAUAAAUUAAAUUAAAUUUUUGCUUUCCAAUUUUUGCGAAUUAGGAUUUUUUUAAAUUUCGAAAAAAAAUAUUUUUUAUAAAGUUUAUAUACAAAUUUUUUAAAAAAAAAAAAUUAAUCCCCCUCCGUGAGUGAACAAAAUUUUUUUGUUCACUCACGGGGGGGGGAGUUAGGGUUUAUUGAUAAAUCUUACGAAAAUCUAUUUCUGGUAGACACAGGAUCAAUCUACAGUAUAGAAAUUGCCCGAAGAUGGCGCUAUUUGCGCCAUCCUCGGGGCAACCAAAAAUCGGCUCCACACGGGAACCAUUUUCCACGUGUGGAGCCAUUUUUCCACACGUGAGAAUCCUGACUUCCACGUGUGAAAAAAUCGCUCCACACGUGGAAAAUGGUUCCCGUUUGGAGCCGAUUCUCUGGCAAUUAGUAUACUUCUUUUCAAGGUUUAUUUGUGUGACUUAUUUUUGUCAAUAUUUUUUUAUAUGAAUGCAGUGAAGGGAUUAACACAUAUAUAAUUCUGGGAUUUACUACAUUAUCACUGCUUCUGUAUUUUAUGAAACUUGAUCGUUAUAUGGCUACAAGCAUUUUUGGUGACAUUUUAUGUACAGUUUUUCAACUAAAAACCAUCGAAACAGGCUCGCUAAUUGAGUGUGUGGGUGCUUUUUUCCCAAGUUUUUUAUUGAAUAUUUUAGGUAUCAGAAAAUGAAUGGUUUUCUUUAUUUUUAGUCUACUUAAGUUAUGGAUAUUUUAUUUUACAAAUAACACCCAACCCAGUGUAAUGUUCUUCAUUAUAAUUUCAUAUACAAUUUUGAAUUAUUUUAUUGAAAAAGAAAUACGUGAUUUUUGGGUGCUUUUUCAUAGCUAUAAAAAAGGUUUUGAGCAACAUGACGAUAUAUUUAUGUACACUCCUAAUGGCCUUUAUAUUGUUGAUGAAGAAAGACAUAUUUUGUACCAUAAUAUUAGAGCAGCUGAAGUUGCAUUUUUUAUAGGAAAAGCUGAUAUAAGCCGACUAGAAAAAUUUGAGGACAUGUUUGAUGAUGAUCAUAGAACUCACGUGAAAAGAAUGGUCUUGGAAACAAUUAAAUGGGAAAAAAGAACUGAAGAAGUUAUAUGCUUGUUCAUAUUAUAUACCUAUAUUUUGGUAUAAUAAAAGCAUAAUUUUCUAUUGAUUAUGGCUUAAAAAUGCCAGAAUUAUUUAAAAUUAACGAUGACCCCCCCUCAAUCUUCAUAUCUAUUGCAACAAAAAUGUAAUUUUUUAAUAUAAAAUUUUAUAUAAAAAAAAUAAUAAUUUUCAUGUCUCUUGCAACAAAUUAUAUACAUUAAAAUGGCGACACUUGCCAACCUACCCUUUUGGCGCAGCAGUCCAGACCUUAUGGCUAGGCGAACUGAGACGGACUCCGAGCCGAGAAUCAGACGCAGGCUCAAGAAGUGUGCAUCCGGGUAGGUUUUGGCUGCUUUCCUGUGGUUGGAAAUGGAGGUGCUCAGCAACUUCCCUUUGGAUCCGAGGACCCAUGGGGCAUUCCUUUACCGAGAAACUAGGGGUAUCGGCCCAGGCCACAGGGGAACAGUCUUUUUCCUGUAGCUGUCGAAGGAAGGCACUUUGACACGCGAUAGACUCCAAGAAUCCUUGGAAUAAAGCUACUCCAAUUGCCCGUAGCAGAGCCGUAGAAAUCCAUAAGCCGCCCACUCAAGACUGAAGCUGCGAGGAAGAAGGGUACCGGAAGGGCACUCGCAAGAGGGAUAGAUCCUCUGGGCUGGAGUCGAAAAGCGGUAGAAGCUUCCGUACGGGAGGUAUUUGGUGACUAAGUCACCAAUAUGGCUAGCUCCUGUGUGUAAUAAUCUUAAUCCUAAUCCUCUUGCAAGAAAUUUUCGAUGAGCAUCUUAAAUUUUCCCAUAGUUUUUAGCUAGAUAAGUUUAAUAAAAUGGCGCGAGCGAUGACAAUAGCCGUCAAAAUCUCGAUGAGAAGGUCAUUGGCACGCCUACAGCAGCGCUGUUUUAUGUUUUUUUUUUAGAAACUCGCCUAGAGAAAAAUGCAUUAAUUUUUUUUAUAAUAAUUUUGUGUUGCAGUAGAUAUGAAGAUUUUUCCGAAAAAUCUUUGUUGCCCGUAGACAUGAAGAUUGAGGGGGGGGUCAUCGUUAUAUAUAAAAAUGUUAUAAUUAGAAAAAAAGAUAAAGAAAAUAACAGCAUUGUGACUUUGCAGUUUAAUUUUGAUUGCAUUGAUUUUAAGGGGAAAAAAUGCACAAAAGUUGUAUGUGCCAAUAUUUCUAACGCUGCUUUGCAAGAUACUUUUAUAUCAAACUGCUAUAAAGAUUCUUUAGGGUCUAUUGAAAAGUUCAGCAAACAUUUAUUCCAAGCUUUUAAAUUAAAUGAAAAAGUUCAUAAAGAGUUAUUAACAAAAAUCUAUGAAAUCCAGCACAGAUUGAGGACUUUUUAUUUAAUUCAGUGCAAGCUACUGAGUAAAAUUGAGAUCAAGAAGGACUAUUUUGACAUCCAAAGAGAAAUUUUUAAUACAAUUGAAGGGAUUUUUCUGAAGGCUGCAAAAAGAGACUUGGUGAUUACAUUAAAUUUAUCCCAAAAUAUUCCGGAUUGUUUAAUUGGUGAUAGAACCCUUCAUAACUACCUAGUCUACUCAGCUCUGGAUUUUAUUAUAUUUUCUUUAAUUAAUUCAACUCUUUACUGAUUUAAUAAUAAAUACUAUUUUAUUUUUUUUAAAAAGGAAGGAAUUAUUUUAUAAAUUUAUAUAAAAAAAUCAAAGAAAAAAUCAAAAAUUUCAUUGUCAGCUUCCAUCGAUUCUUUGAAAAAAUCUGAAAUUAUUGUAAAAUACGAAAUAUGUUUUGCAUCAUCAUCUAUCACACAAGAUGAGCUUGACUGUUUAUUCCAAAUAAGACAGCAAGCUUCCAGACGAAAAACAUUUAACGAUCUCAUAUUAAUCCAACAAAACUAUGGAAGCGAACUCCUAAUGUUCGACUCUUUAGUCUGUUUAUUAAGAGGCUAUAUCGAUGCCAAAGUUACUGAAAAAAUCUGUAUAAUAACUAUAAACCUGCCAGUUAUCCCUGUAGAAAGAAAAUCAACAAGCAAGCUGGAAUUAAUCACUGGGUUUUGCACUCAAGAAUCUGAUAAUGAAUUUCGCUGAAAAUUUGAAAAAAAAGAAAUUGAUGAGGUUAUUAAAGAAGCUCCUGAAGAAGUUUCUCCUCUACAAAAUGAAGUAAAAGAAUGGAAAAUUUUGCUUUUAUGCAGCCAAAAAGAUAGAGAAAAAUCUAUUAAAAAUGCGCUGAAAAAAGGGAUCACUGAAGAUUUAGCAUCUGUGAAUAGUGCAGAGCUAGGUGCUUAUUUAUAUGAAAAAGAAGCAAAGAAAGGGGAAAAUUUUAAUAUAGUUUUUAUUGAUUUUAAAGUGCCGAAAUGGGAAAAUAUUUUAAAAAUAAAGGAAAUAGAGAAUGCUAAUGAGUAUCAGAAAAGUUUAUUUUAUGGGAUUACUGAUAGGGAGGAGUUUGAAGAAGAUGAUUUUAUUUCUCAGUUCGAUGGAAUUGGUAAUUUUAAUGUAGUUAAGUUCCCUAUAGAUAUAGGGAUAAUAAAAAAUGAUUUAGGGAUAAAUGAUAACCAAAUGAUUUAA